UUGGAUUGAGCAAGAUUCCAUGUCAAAUGCUGUGGUGAGAGAAGCACAGAAAACUCGAACCAAGUUCACGAUUGCAGUCUUUGAAAAACAAAACUUUUGUGUCAGAUGAAUACUUGAUACCUACAGUAGCAUAUUUAAGCAUCAAUAUGAGCGCAUCUGACAUGAAAAGAAGCAAAAGGAGGAGAAAUAAACGGGGCGGUGUCGGUGGGAAUGCCAAGCCUAGUCGUCAACAUGGUCAACAAAAGCAGGCAGGAAUUAGUGAUCAGAUAAUGACAGCGGCAAAAAUGUCGGCCACAUUGUCUGAACUGGAUCUGGACAAUAUUCCUCAGCCCUUGACUCAGCGACCCAGUGGAAUCAAUCCCUACCUUCCAGUUCGGGAAAACUCUCACGACAAAGAACAUUGUCUACUAUGUAGGCGUGAACGACCAGACCUUCCUACCCACAAAGUACCCCCACAGACCGGCGACAGCAAAGAUACCAAUCAAUCUAACAAUACACCGGUUUCACUCUGGCUGUGCCCAGAUUGCAGACGCACUGUUGAAGAAGAAGAUGAAAGAAAUUCAACACAGAAUUCUCAACCUCCUGCACCAGCUCAUGAUUUCCUGCUACAGCCUUCCUUCUCACCGCUACUGAAACCAGAUGGUACACUCAACGUUCCUGCAAGCCUGCUUGGAACUACUGCAAUCAAAGGCAGUGAAGCAACCUGCAGCUGUGAGCCAUGUCGUGAACGACGAGAGAUAGCUGCAGAGCAGGAGAUGGUACGACAACAGUUAGCAGAGAGUUGGAGUGAAUUGAGUCAUGUAGUACGAUGUGUCUAUUGGGAAGCAGGCACAGCGUUAGCAGAAGAUAAAGACAGUUCCAAGUUGACUCUUCCUCGCAUGAAGGAGUUAUUACAUCGCCUCUGUACCCAUGACCCACAUCAGCUAUUCCUUCAACUAGAGCUGGAAGUAGAUGAUUUCCUGAAGGAGAUAUGUGAACGUCUCAGUCGUCAACUUGCUGCUGGUUAUAAGACUCUAGCUCAAGCUAAACAGUUUGUCAGCAUGUUACUUGAGGAAUAUGAUGCAUUAUGUUCAGCUGCUAAGACACUUUCUGGAGUCCUAGAACAACUGGAAAAAGAACACCUGAAUAAAUUCCAGUUGACAUGGUUGAGGCACAACAUACACAUGUUCCGUUCCACAAUCUACGUCACCUUGGGCUUGAGAGAGAAAUUUACUUGUCUGAUGAAUGCAUUAAGGCAAGGAGGAGGAACCAAGGAAGAUCACCUGCAGAAGAGAUACAUCAAGUUUGAUGAGGAUAUGACAUUGAUAUCUGUGGAGUGGAAUACCUGCCAGCAGCUUAUUGAUAAAUAUCAUGAAGAGCAGAUGUCUCCGGAUUGUUUGAAGGCCAAACAGCAAAUGUUAGGUGACUGGGAAUUUCUCAAGACGCAGAAGAUCUUCACCGACCAUAUUGGAGUCAAAUCUCACACUGGUAGCAGGGGCAAAGAGAAGACAAACUAUGUCAAGUGUCAUGCUGUGAGGAGUUCAGGGUUACUGAGUGAAAGUGAAGUGGAACACAAAGGGUCAACGUGUAAGAAAAAGUGUCCAUGUGGUGAGUGCAGUAUUGCCAGAUUGACAUCCAGUCUCCUUCCCCCUAAUAUCAGUGAAGAGCUGAGUCUUAAACACCUGCAAGAGAGUGGAAAUCCAGAUCAGAUGUCAGCAUUUGAUAAAUACCUGCAGAACAUCAAUCCUCCUGACUUAUCUUCAACCUCAUCCUCUUCAUCAGAAAGUUCCUCCCAAGAAGACAGUGAUGGCGUGCUGCAGAUCUUCUCAAGGAGUGACCUUACACAAUCAGGGUUCAGUUCACCAAGGAGUGAAGAAUCAGACGAUUCAGAUGACUUAGACUCAAACACGUCCCCCUCACCUACCCAUAAUGCAGCAGUAGAUGACAGUGGCAAACCCAAGACACAGAGGAAAAUGAAUGGAGAUGGUGGCAGCUCAAGCAAAGAAAGGUCCACAAGAGAAAGUAGUCAGAAGGAUUCAACUUCAAAUAGCCGUUCUUGUACUUGUCCAGCUUGCACCGGAAGUCACAAGGUCCCAACGUCUACAUUUGGCACGGGUAACAUUACUGACAAGGUAGAUCUGACUGCACCACCCCAGUCUUAUCUCUUCUAUCCAAAUCUAACCAAUCAUCAACCAUUGGAUCUCAGUCAUCACGGCAUUACGGCUAAGCAUCCCUACAUCCAUCCUCAUCUCUACAACACGUUAACUACGCAGAAACCGACCAAAAUGGCAACAUGUCAGCAGUUACCAGCACAGCAGCAACAGCAAACUUCUUUCCAGCUGAGUGUAGAUUCCCAAGAUGCACUUCGAGAUCAUCACGGGCAUACCUACGGCAACUGGAAGAGUGGUGCCUUUGAGAGUGCUAAGAUGACACUUAGCUCAAGAGGUUACAGCAGCGGGCACAGUACCGACCCAGACUUGUUGCAGAGUGUUCGUGCAGCGCUUCACCAAUCCAACUGUAAAGCAGCGUCAGAGAGAGCACCAUCACUUAACACGCCAGCGUCUGAUCAACCCUGUAGGCAGCAUGCAGGGAAGACUCAGAAAGACACCAGCAGCAACAAGAAGAGGGUUAACCACAUGUAUACUGAAGCAACUACCAAUGGCACAACACUAGCAGCAGGGGCAACAACAGAAAAAGAGCAGUCAGCGCAGCAUCAUCACCAUCACCAUAGCAACCAGUCAUCUACAGAUAAUACAAAAAAGACGCGGUCAGACAGCGGGGCAGAACGUUGUGCCAGGCACACCCUUCCAGCCAAUAAACCCUCAACUACAACCAGUGCUAUAAUGCAAGCCUAUCAGCAACAGUGUAGUCAGCUUGGCCACACAGGUUUCCUGACCAAUGGUUUGCAUGGAGAUGGAGAUGCCCUACCACAAGGGAGUAAGAAGAAAAAAGCUGAAGAAGACAUUCGAUUGGAUACCAGCAUCAGCUUAGCAAAUGGUGAGUAUGAAUGUGGUGACGACCGUUCACUUCAAUCCUGUAUUUGCCAUGGUCAUCCUUCCACAGCUGGGGUCAUUGACCCUCAAACAGGCUUGUGUACAAGCACAAUGCAGACAACAACAAGCACACCAACCUCAGCGAGUGUUUGCAGUGACCCUGACUGUGAGACGCACAAUUUUAUCAAUGAUGAUGAUGUGUACAGUAGUUGCUAUGACGAUCGAGGAGGAGCCAAUACCAACCGAGAGAGAGAAUCCAAGCACUGUGACUGUUACUACUGUGAAUUCUUCGGUCAUGGAGGGCCCCAACCUGCGCCAACAAGUCGGAACUACACUGAAAAUCGUGAUCGGCUAAGGCUCAAGCUACGAGACAGACAGAAAAGGCAACCCAAAGACCAGUCGCCAUCCUCUACUGACCACAACCAUGAGUUUGAGCAGUUUGACCACUUGGAUCUAUCGGAUGAUCGAACCCUGGAUGAUUUACUGUCUUUUAUUAAUGGUGAACAGCGACGACAGAAGACCAGUGGAAAGACAAAAGCUGCUAAAAGACAUCGGCAGAAGCAGAGAAGGGCUGAAGAGAAAGCUAAGCAGGAGGAACAAGAAGCAAUGAGAAGGGAAGAAGAAAAACGAAAGGAAGAAGAAAAGAGGAAGCAACAGGCUGCUGCAGCAGCUGAAGAAGCUGCAAAACAGAAACAGCAACGAGAACAAAAAGAGCGAGAAAAGGCAGAAAAACAGCAGCAACAAAAACAGCAACAGCAAAAGAAUGGGAAACCUGAAGCACCAUCAUUGAAGAAUAAGAAGAAAAGUAGCAAGGAGGUACAGCAACAACAGGGCAAACAAGAACAGGGUUCCAAGCAGCAACAGCAGAAAAAUAACCAAACUACCAGCCAAAAUGUAACAUCUAAUCAACAGAAACAGUCAAGUAGUCGUCAAUCACCAACCAAGCAGGUCACAUCACAAUCACAGCAAACAACUAAACAACAGCAGCCAGCACCUACAGAAAUGCUGAAUACCAACACCAAAACUUCUGUCAACAAAGACAAGACCAAGCAGCAACAACAGCAGGCAUCCAAACAAGACGGUUGCACAGCGAGCAGCAAUCAACAGGAGAAGAAUCAGAAGAUCCAACAACAUCAAACCAAACCUAAGCCAGCAGCAGAACAGGACAAUAACCACAUCAAUAACCACAAACAGCAGACUGGUAAACUCAAUGUCAAGAAGAUUGCAGAGAACAGCAAUGAGAACAACCAUCAACUGAAGAAGGCACCUCAAACUCCUGUUACAAAUACCAUCAAGACAGGAAGUACCAGGAAACAACAAGCACAAGAAGACCACCAUAAGCCACAAGAUGAUCCCAAACUAAAGGAAGAUGUUAAGGAGAGGAAUCAUAUGACCUUUAAGUUGCAACCUACUCAGCAAGCCUCCAAGAAAGCUGACAGUCAGAUCUCAGUCUCUAAACAGGACAAGAUAGCAGUCAAUGGCAUCUCUGGUGAACCACAAACCAAUGGUAAUAUCAAAAAGAAGAAGAAGAAAAGAAACUCCUCAGAAAAUCCCAAUGCUUCCAUUGACGAGAUCUUCAUGCCUAAGGAGAAUGCUGACAUGGCUGAAAUGGAUGAGACAGAGAGAGAGGUUGAAGAUUUCAAGAGAUUCUGUAUGGCAUUGACUCCAGCCCCCAUCAAAGAGAAAGUUGUCUUCAGUAUGAAAGAACUCACCCUUAAUAAAAAGGGAACGGUGUCGGCACACUGACCAAAGAGCAUUUUAUACAAAACAAGAUACAAAUAGCUACACAUUUCCCCUCACAUGAUUGUCAUGUUUUGAAGGUGUAGUAAAAUUACAUACUGAACAGUUGCUUGUGAACACUGAUUGAAAAAAGCUGUAAGAAAUCAGCAGUAAAAAAAAAUUGUCAGAAAUAUACGAUAACUGAAGAACUAUUUGUUUCCCUUAUUGUUACAAAGUGGUUUGAGGUUUGUGCAUUUAGCAGUUGUCAUGUUUAAACAGAUAUCUGAUCCUUUAGUGAGGAGCAGUGGUAUCUGAAAAGUAUUUGAAUAUCCGGUGGCAAUAUACGUGUAUAAUGUUUGGUUACGUAAACCAGUCAAGAAAUAGGUUUAGAGUGUGAUUUACUAGUGAUAACAACCAAGUACUCUGAGAUUGAAUUUGUAGAGUGGAUGAGGGUACAGGUGUGACCAAUUCUGCAAACAUUUGAUUGAAUUUCAAUCAACUUUUCACCUGCUGUUCAGCAUUUUAACAAGUUGUUGUAAUGGUUGUUUUGAGAUGUGAUAUGGAAUGUUAUGAAUGAAUUUGCAUAACUGCAAUUCAAAUUACUAGAAUUGAUGAUAUGCCUGAGGAAAAAGUUGAUGUUAUAUCUGGAAUAUAUAAUUCAUAUAACCUUUUUUCCUUAACUAUGUCUAUUGUCCAUUGUUGCAUUUGGAUGUCAAAAUCUUUUAUUCUCUUUCUUUGCUCUCGUGCCCCAGCCCAAGUUUUGCAUACCAAUUAACAUUUUGUUUUUAUUUUUCACUUAUAAUGUAGUCAUAUCUGUAGCAUUAGGAUUUUUUUUAGAGUAAAAUAUCCAGUGAAUAGUCUCAGCACAGUUCUACUUAUUUGGCUAUAAUUGGUCAGUGUGCUAACACUGGAACCUUUUGAGUCUUGGAACCAGAUGGAUCUCUAUCCCACACCGUCCAUCGGCAUCAGUGAUGUCCUGACUCAAGCAGCUGGAGUAUUGAGGUCAACAAACCGCACUGGAACCUUUCAAAUAUUUGUCGUAUGGCAACAGUGUUGUUUGCUUCCUUACUAGGGUUUCAACUCGAAUUAACUAGAUUAGACCUCAAAAUAAGUUUAAACAUAUUACAGGCAAGUUGAACCUGUUCAAACCGGAUUCAAUUUACUGUGCAAAAGUACAGAGUUGCAAACUGCCCUGAGUUGUUUCCUGUUCAAAGUGGUUCAUUUCGACCACUAUAAAUGAUGCCAAAUUGCUAACCUGUCAUUGAUGGGAGGAGUAUCUAGGAGGAACUAGAAAAUGACAUGUAGGCCUAUAGAUGUUAAUCUUGUGCCUUUUUAACAAACAUUUGUGCACAUUGUGGCUUGUACACAAAAGUUGUCUUGAAAACUGUUAGGGAAAUACUUGCCUGUGCUGAGUGUUGUGCUGCAAGUCCUAUGUGUCCACUUGGUAUAUGCAAAUAGACUGAAGUCAUUGAUUAAUGCUGGUUUGUAUUUAAUCAUAUUAAACGGCACCAGUAUUUAAAAUAAUACAGCAUUGUGCCGUAAUACUGGUUAUUACACUGUGUCUGUGCUGCUGCUUCACUAUGAUACAGAAGAUGCUCGUGCUUAUAAAGGGUUAUAAAAUGGAAUAUUACCAGGCUUGCUCGUGUGGUUUGUAUUUGUGUGGGUCUUGUUUGCUGGCCUGUACUCAAUACUGUUGAGCUGAUGAUGUUCUUAUAAUGUUUGGCCAACUUGUUCAUGAUGAAACAAACUUCUUCCAGUGUAUGUAAUAAGAUGUAUUGAGGUAGGUUUUGAAUGCUGUAUAUUGACCAUCUUUGUAAACCCUACUAAAAUGCCAGGCAGUUGAGUCAUAAAAAAACUGUGACUGACUCGGUGGUUGGUUUUAGUCAGUGGUCAAUUGCUGCAAGGCCACUGUGCUUGACCAUCAUGAAGUCCAGUUCCUUUACUGACUCUUGGAAACUUGUUUGCAUAGCUACAGUAGGGUAGUCAUGUUAUCUACGAUGAGCACGUAUGUUAUCAAUAAACUACGUAUGGAGCCUCCUUUGUGGAUGAUGCAAAUGUAA